CAACAUGUGCAGGUGCUUUGACACAGAUAAGACCCACCUUUCCUGGAUGUAAUUUUUUCAAGUGUCCAAUGGUACAUAUAUGCGUUUAUACCGAUGUUUUUUGCACAAUACGGUUGGUUACGUAAGUACGAGUGUAUUUCGAGUUGCACUCACAUUUUUAGUUUAUUCCAUUCUCUGAAUGACUGGAAAGAAUGAGAAACUGAAGACGGAUAUGACGAAUCAAAAUUUUUAUUCAACCUAUCUUCCAUUAAUAUUUUGUGCCUUAUGAAAUUUUAGAUAAGGAAAAGACAGUCAGACGCUAUUGUGCUUGGAUUUUUGGCUGGCCAUGUCUUGGAAUAUUUACUACCCUAUUAAGGAGUAGUGAGUUGUUGUGGUAAAAAUAAUCCUCGGAGACUACAUAACUGAAGUGUAAUAAACUUCUUUUUGUUAGUGUAUAACAUAUCGAUGUUUGCAGAUUGGUCUAAUAUCAAAUGCGUUUGUUUGGACGUAGACUCAACGGUUUGUGAAGAUGAAGGACUGGAUGAAAUUGCCGGUUUUCUUGGAGUUACUGAUAAAGUUGAAAAAAUCACUGAGGAGGCUAUGAAUGGAGAAUUGGACAUUACUAAGGCAUUAGAAGCCCGCUUAUCAAUAAUGAAUUUAAAUCUAAAGAAGCUUACUGACUUUUUAGACAACCAUCCAGUUAGACUAACACCGGGUGUUGAAAAUCUUGUUAAUCAGUUCAAAGAAAAUGGGGUUGAUGUUUACUUGGUAAGCGGUGGAUUAUAUCCGUUAGUUAAUCGCGUAGCCAAACUGCUCAAUAUUCCUGAAGAAAAUGUUUACGCGAACAAGCUGAUUUUCAAUAACGAAGGCACAUUUGUUGGAUUGGAUCAUAGUGCACCAACUAGUCGUUCCGAUGGUAAAGCCUUAAUCGUUAAUGAAUUACUGAAUAAAUUGCAUACUCCAGUUAUGAUGAUAGGUGAUGGAAUGACAGAUGCAAAUGCUUGUCCACCAGCUUCUGUAUUUAUCGGUUUCGGUGUCAAUGUUAUUCGUCCUAAAGUUAAAACUAUAUCCGAUUAUUUCUGUACAUCUGUGGAAGAAUUAAUUAAUUUGUUGAAAAACCAUAAAAUGUUACUAUGAAAUUAUAUAUUGUAUAUAUGGUUUUACUUUACAUAAAUUAAUAUUUUCAGUAUUAUAUGUGGAUGUAAUGUAAAUAUUCUUAAUUACCAAUUCCUAAACACUGUUUACCUGAUAUUUUUGAUAAAAUAGUCUCACUAGUG